AUGCGGGAUCUAUCCGUGACGGGGCCGGAAUUACGGCGGUCCAGAAAACAUGGAAUUUACUCUGCUGGCUUCAUUCUCAAGCUCAUCGCCGCUGUUGCAGGCCGGAAAAACGAAACGGUCGGCUCUCAGAACGACAUGCUUCCUUCCGCCGAGGCUGUCCCACAGAUGGUCAUUACGGCCGCGAACCAGGUCCAUGUCCAGGUCCAGAUUCCUCAGCCCUGCUAA